CCAUUGUGCAGUUUGUAUUUAAGCCGUUAGAUGGUGGCAUUGUAUCCAUAAAAUAACCCUGAACCAGGAAGUAAGUAUUAAAAUUAUUAAAUAUAUCCAGAAAAAGAGGACUAAUAUGAGGUGCCCUGAUAAAAACCCAUGCAAAUUAAAAGAAAAAAAAUAGCACCCAACCUGCAAAUCGGCCUGCAAAUUUAUUUCCUGUUCUGGUGAUUUUUACAAAUAAAGUUUUAUUUUGAACCACCUCUCUCUGUUACAAUGAUGGCGGCUGAUACAACUGUCUACGGAGUUCCUCUUUCGCUCUCUGCAAGAGUGACAGGAUCUUUUGCCUAUUUGACAAUAAGAGAUAGAUUGCCAACCAUUCUGACGAAGGUUAUAGACACAAUACAUCGUCACAAAAACAUUUUUUUUGAGGAAUAUGGAGAGGAAGGUAUCAAUGCAGAGAAGCAAGCAAUAUCCCUGCUCUCAAAGCUGAGGAAUGAGCUACAAACCGAUAAACCAGUCCUGGAAUUGACAGACAACUUUCAAGAUGUAGAGUCCUGGAAUCAGUAUCUACAGAGACAACAGAGGCUACAAGGAGACCAAGAGUCUGUCAGCUGGUUCAAGUCUCCAUGGCUUUAUGUCGAGUGCUACAUGUACCGCAGGAUUCACGAGGCUCUGUUGCUCAAUCCCCCCAUCAGCAAUUUUGAUGUCUUUAAUGAGGGAAAAACUCAGAGCUUUUUAGAAUCUAGUCAGGCCGUGAUGGCUUUAUGCACUUAUUUGGAAGACAUCCAUAAGAACCUGAAGAAUUUCUCUAAGAAUCAGCUGCUUGAGCAUUUCAACAAAGUGUUACAGGUUUCUCUCUGGGGGAACAAGUGUGAUCUCUCCAUCUCUGCUGGUCAAGAGAACUCCCAGAAGAACAGUCCAAUAGAAUCUUUAAGCAGUUUACAACCUUUCAUCUUGGUGGAUCACUCCAACUUAGUAUGGUCAACUCUAAAUUCCUCUCCGGGGCUGGGAGAAUCAGGGAUAAAAGCUGCAGACAGAGUGGACAUUGUGCUUGAUAAUGCAGGCUUUGAGUUAGUCACCGACUUGGUUUUAGCAGAUUUCCUGGUUUCCUCUGGUCUUGCUCGGCAGAUUCAUUUUCACGGCAAGUCCCUCCCAUGGUUUGUCUCUGAUGUUACAGCUAAUGACUUUCAGUGGACCAUCCGGCAGACCAUGGCGAGUAAUCACAAGUGGAUGUCCAAGAGUGGCUACCAAUGGCAGAGCUACCUGAAAAAGGGUGUGUGGUGCUAUCAUGACCAUCCUUUCUGGACACAGCCUCAUGAGUUCUGUGACAUGGCCGCUGAUGCUCCUGACCUCUACGGGACCCUGCAGAAGGCCGACCUGGUGCUGUUCAAAGGUGAUCUCAACUACAGGAAGCUGACAGGGGACAGGGACUGGGAUCACACAGUGGCUUUCAGCUCUGCCCUCAGAGGUUUUGGACCUGCACCACUGUGUAGUCUGAGGACUCUGAAAGCCAAUGUUCAGGUCGGUCUGCAGCCGGGCCAAGGGGAGAAGCUCACCUCCCAUGACCCAAACUGGAUGACCAGUGGCAAGUACGCAGUCAUUCAGUUCUACAAUCCACAGUCUGAGAAGUUUCAGAUGACUGGAAAUGUGGAUUUCUAAGAACGUUGCUGCGAAAAACUGCACUUAAAGCAGGUGUAACCUGAAAGCCAUAGAAAUUGUGAGCUAUCUCAGACCACUUCAAGUAUGAUAAAGAAAUGCAGAGUAUCAGAAAUCAUUUUCAGAAUACAUUUAUAUCUUAGGUUUGAAAUGUUAACUUCUUUAGAUUGAAAUGUGUCAACAUGUUUUGUCCUCAGUAAUUGUUCAGGUUUUAUAGAGUCAUGCUUAGAGUUAACAUAUCAUAUUUUGCUUUUACUGCACAUAAUUUAGGUGAUGAAAUCCCCUCAUCUUGUCAUCACGUUUACAGCUUAAAAUGCACAUGGGUAACAAGGAUUGAGCUAAAGUUGUGAACUGAGCUUUGCACAUCUACACCUACAGUGGAGCAGAAUUCUGAUUGAGAAGUUAUUUGUGUUCCCUCAUCUCAGAGCUGUUGUGCUUUUACAUAUGCAUUCAUCAAAAUAAGCAAACCACCUCUAAACUGGAAGUGAAUCAUAUAAUAGCAUACUGUUAUAACUACUUCCCUGUCAAAUAGAUGGUAAUUUGCUAUUGAUGCAGUGUAACAUUAACGCACACAAUGCAUGCUUGUUUUGUUAAGAAUGAUAAAUCAGACCUCUCCAUCUUCAUUAAUAAAGGUGGAUUUUUUUGUACACAUUGUACCUACCAAACAUGCAUGGUCACUCACAGAACUUCAAAAGUGAUGUUAAACGGGUUCUUCUCAGUGAUGCUGCUUAAAAUUAAUUUUCAUUCUUUUUGAUUUAAUAAACCACUACAAUGAAUGGU